AUGCGUGGAUUCCUGUUAUUUUGCCUUAUUGUAUCCGUUUCGGCGGCCAAGUUGGGAUAUAAUUACCAAGCUGCCGCUGGCGACCGUCGUUUUGCUGGACUCAUCGAUUCCGAGGCUACAGGAUUCAGUGCCACUUCAUCACAGCAGCAGCAGCAGCAACAGCAAGAUGCCCGACUUCAAGUACCGGCUGCCGUGGAUGAGUUUAGCAAGGAGUUCUACACGUACACCGCUCCCGAGGAGGAGUUUGCCGAUAGAGAGGCCACCGAGCAUAUAGCCAGCAUGCUGAAGCGGAACCUGCGAGUGCUGUUCAUCAAAUCGCCGGAGCACCAGGGUCUGACCAACGCCGCCCUCCAGCUGGCCAAGCAGGCCAGUGAGCAGCGCACCGCCAUCUACGUGCUCAGCAAGCAGGCGGACAUCGGGCAGCUGGCCCAGCGUCUGCAGAAUGAAAACCAGGCGGUGAGCCACAAACCGGAGGUACACUUCGUCAAGUACCGCACGCCGGAGGAUGCGGUGCGAGCACAGCAGCUCAUCCAGCAGCAGUUCGACGCCCUGGGCGGCAGCUCACGCAGCUCCGACGAGGGCGUUGCUCCCGUCCUUGACUUCAGCUCGGCUCCGGCCAAUGAGCCGGCUCAGGCUUCGGUCCAGGGCCAGGAGUCAGGUGUUCUAAAUACAAAGUAUCUGCCUGCAGCUUCGUUGCGUAGCAGAUAGUUGCUGUUGAAGUUGUUUUAAGCUUUAUCCUAAGCCUAACCUUAGUUCUAUUUUAAAUAAAAUACAAAUUAUACAUAGUAACAA